GCAGCGCUCAGCAUUGUGGCAGGCGGCGAGGACCCGUGAGGGCGCCGGGGCCGCGGGCUGCGGCGGGGCGCAGAGAGGCGCACCACACGGGGGCUCGGACGGCGCGGCAAAGGCAUCUGUGAGCGCGGCAGAGCGCACUCACCUUCGGCGCCCAACUUCGGAGCCAAAGGGUGGGAGCUCGGAGAGCGCUCGGAUCCCGGGAGGCAGAGGAGCGAAGAGAGGGGCGCGUCGGAGCCUGGGUCCAGGGCGGGCGCCCAGCACCCGGCGCGCUCCGAGCGCCAGGCGGCCCUCUGUGCAGCGUGGCUGCCGCUGCCCCAACGGAGGGCACGGGCUGGCGCGGCCGGGCGCCGGGGAGGACGGCGUGGAGGCGGCGGCGGCGGAGGAGACGGCGGCGGCGAGUCUGGGGCCAGGGAGAGAGCCCCGGGGUAGAGGCGCCCGAGCCGGGCCACGGGAGCAUGUGGGCCCAGAGCGGAGCGCGGGGUGCGCUGCUGCUGGCGCUGCUUCUCUGCUGGGACCCAAGGCUGAGCCAAGCAGGCACUGAUUCGGGCAGCGAGGUGCUCCCUGACUCCUACCAGUCGGCACCGGCCGAGCCGCUGCCCCACUUCCUCCAGGAGCCACAAGAUGCCUACAUCGUGAAGAACAAGCCUGUGGAGCUGAGCUGCCGCGCCUUCCCUGCCACACAGAUCUAUUUCAAGUGCAACGGCGAGUGGGUCAGCCAGAAUGACCACGUCAUGCAGGAAGGCCGGGACGAGGCCACUGGCCUGCCGGUGCGGGAGGUGCAGAUCGAGGUGUCUCGGCAGCAGGUGGAGGAACUGUUCGGGCUGGAGGAUUACUGGUGCCAGUGUGUGGCCUGGAGCUCUGCGGGCACCACCAGGAGUCGCCGGGCCUAUGUCCGCAUCGCAUACCUGCGCAAGAACUUUGACCAGGAGCCUCUGAGCAAGGAAGUACCCCAUGACCACGAGGUUCUCCUGCAAUGCCGCCCACCAGAGGGGGUGCCUGUGGCUGAGGUGGAAUGGCUCAAGAAUGAGGACGUCAUCGACCCCACCCAGGACACCAACUUCCUGCUCACCAUCGACCACAACCUCAUCAUCCGCCAGGCCCGCCUGUCGGACACGGCCAACUACACCUGCGUGGCCAGGAACAUGGUGGCCACGCGCCGCAGCACCACCGCCACCGUCAUCGUCUACGUGAAUGGUGGGUGGUCCAACUGGGAAGAGUGGUCGCCCUGCUCCAACCGCUGUGGCCGUGGCUGGCAGAAGCGCACACGGACCUGCACCAACCCCACCCCACUCAACGGAGGAGCCUUCUGUGAGGGCCAGGCCACCCAGAAGACUUCCUGCACCACCGUGUGCCCAGUGGACGGAGCGUGGACAGAGUGGAGCAAGUGGUCGGCCUGCGGCACCGAGUGCGCCCACUGGCGCAGCCGGGAGUGCGUGGCGCCCCCGCCCCAGAACGGAGGCCGGGACUGCAGCGGGGCUCUGCUGGACUCCCAGAACUGCACUGGGGGGCUGUGCCUGCAACAUAAGAAAACUCUAAGUGACCCCAAAAGCCACCCCCUGGAGUCCUCGGGGGACGUGGCAUUGUACGCCGGCAUCGUGGUGUCUGUCCUCGUGGUGGUGGCCGUCAUCAUGGUGGUGGGGGUGGUGGUGUACCGCCGCAAGUGCCGCGAUGCGGACGCCGACAUCACCGACUCGUCCGCCGCCCUGACUGGAGGCUUCCACCCGGUGAACUUCAAGACUGCAAGGCCCAACCAGCCACAGCUCCUGCACCCCUCCAUGCCCCCGGACCUCACAGCCAGCGCCGGCAUCUACCGGGGGCCGGUGUACGCCCUGCAGGACUCGGCUGACAAGAUCCCCAUGACCAACUCGCCCCUGCUGGACCCCUUGCCCAACCUCAAGAUCAAGGUUUACAGCUCCAGCACCACCGGUUCCGGGUCAGGCCUGCCAGACGGGGCUGACCUGCUGGGGGUGCUGCCGCCUGGCACAUACCCUGGUGAUUUCUCCCGGGACACACACUUCCUGCACCUGCGCAGUGCCAGCCUCGGCUCCCAGCAGCUCCUGGGCCUGCCCCGCGACCCAGGGAGCAGUGUCAGCGGCACCUUCGGCUGCCUGGGCGGGAGGCUCAGCGUCCCUGGCACAGGGGUCAGCCUGCUGGUGCCCAAUGGAGCCAUCCCCCAGGGCAAGUUCUACGAAAUGUAUCUCCUUAUCAACAAGGCAGAAAGCACCCUCCCACUUUUGGAAGGGACCCAGACAGUAUUGAGCCCCGCGGUGACCUGUGGGCCCACAGGCCUGCUGCUGUGCCGCCCCGUCAUUCUCACGGUGCCCCACUGUGCCGAAGUCAGUGCCAGCAACUGGAUCUUCCAGCUCAAGACGCAGGCCCACCAAGGCCACUGGGAGGAAGUGGUGACCCUGGACGAGGAGACCCUGGACACCCCUUGCUAUUGCCAGCUGGAGGCCAGGUCCUGCCACACCCUGUUAGACCAGCUGGGCACCUAUGUCUUCACGGGUGAGUCCUAUUCCCACUCGGCAGUCAAGCGGCUCCAGCUGGCCAUCUUCGCCCCAGCCCUCUGCACGUCCCUGGAGUACAGCCUCAGGGUCUACUGCCUGGAGGACACCCCUGUAGCACUGAAGGAGGUGCUGGAGCUGGAGCGGACCCUGGGCGGCUACCUUGUGGAGGAGCCCAAACCCCUGCUCUUCAAGAACAGUUACCACAACCUGCGCCUCUCCCUGCACGACAUCCCCCAUGCUCACUGGAGGAGCAAGCUGCUGGCCAAGUACCAGGAGAUCCCCUUCUAUCACAUUUGGAGUGGCAGCCAGAAGGCCCUUCACUGCACCUUCACCCUGGAGAGACACAGCCUGGCCGCCACCGAGUUCACCUGUAAGAUCUGCGUGCGGCAGGUGGAAGGGGAAGGCCAGAUAUUCCAGCUGCACACCACACUGGCAGAGACACCUGCUGGCUCCCUGGACGCCCUCUGCUCUGCCCCCAGCAGCACACUCACCACCCAGCUGGGACCCUAUGCCUUCAAGAUCCCACUGUCUAUCCGCCAGAAGAUAUGCAACAGCCUGGACGCCCCCAACUCGAGGGGCAAUGACUGGCGCCUCUUGGCAAAGAAGCUCUCCAUGGACCGGUACCUGAACUACUUCGCCACCAAAGCAAGCCCCACAGGUGUGAUCCUGGACCUCUGGGAAGCUCUGCAGCAGGAUGACGGGGACCUCAACAGCCUGGCCAGUGCCUUGGAGGAGAUGGGCAAGAGUGAGAUGCUGGUGGCCAUGGCCACUGAUGGGGACUGCUGAGCUGCCCCGGACCGCGGGCUCACAGGGACUGGCAGGAGGCGGUUACGGGGAGUCCAGGCAGCUCCCCAUGCCCAGCCUCCACGGCCCCCCAGCUCACAGCCAGAGUCACCCCUCCUGCUCCUCCCUCGCCCACCCCCGGACCACAACCAGCCUUAGGAAUUCCGUGUACUCUGGUGUCAGGAGGACCCAGUGUUCAUCCCCACCCCUGCUGUCUCUUCUGGCCUCAGACCUUUGUUGCAGAAACCAGAGCGGGGCCGAGGCCUCCGGAAGCAGUGAGGGGAGCAAGGGGCAGCCCCCCUCCACCUCCACCUCCACCCUCCACACACAGCCCCGGGACCGCUGGGUUAACUUUGUUUCAGUCUUGUCCUUAAUUUCCUUCCUCAGCUGUUGGCUUCUCCCUCCUCCCUAAGCCCUCUGUCUUCACACCGUUUUCCUCUUUGAAGAGUCGAGUACAGUUCAGACUGCUUUCUCCUGUCCAAAAGCUAAAGGAAAGAAAGCAAGCUUCACACCGCUAGUGAGGCUCGAAGAAGAAGAAAAACACCAAAACCACAAGGGAAAAGAAAAACCCAGUUUCUUAGGAAACGCAAAUGAUUUAUUAUCCAGAUAUUUGGAUAAGUCUUUUUAAGAAAAAAAGGAAGAAAAUGAAAAAUAACACAAAAAA